AUGGUUCUCCAUGACAAUGACGACUUCCUCAAUCUGUUGCCCUCUUUGUUUGAAGACAGCCGACAGACGGGUUCGGUGGUGAUCACAAUGAAAAAGUACGAUGGACACACCAAACCCAAACCCUCUGCCACCAACAAAUACCCUCACGGAGCCCCCGAGUCUGCUGUGUUGUCAUGUUUAAUCAGAGCAAAGACGCCCAAAAAGAAGAUCAGCACUGUAGUUCUGCCCAAGGACGUGAACAAGUUUCACAUGCAGUUUGGAACUAUUUUGAAAGCUAACAUGGAUGGACUCAAAAAAGCCCCCCGGCCGAACAAGGCUAAGGCCACCCACUGA